UGGAUAACACAAGCAGCGGCACAUGACCCCCAACUCCUCCACACAUCGCCCGAAGCUUCUGCAAGCAUUCCCCUCGAUCACCUCUCCAUCUCCGAAGCAAGGCGAAGAAGACGGGAGGAGGAGGGAGGAGGAGGAAGGAGAAGAUGAUGAUGGGCGCGUCCUUCGUCUCGACCCUGCCUUCUCUGCUCCCACUUCAAGCUCAAGCGGCUUCUCCUUCUCCUUCUCCUUCUCCUUCUCCUUCCUCCUCGUCCUCCGCCGCCUCCGUCAGACCCCCCGCUCGCUCCGUUGUAGCUCGCUGCAAGACGGACAACGGUUUCGCCGGUGUCGAGGAGUUGAGCCGACGGGACGUGCUCAAAUGCGCCGGCGCCGGUAUCGGCAUUUUGUGAUCUCUCAGGAACUGAUAGCAAGCUCCGGAUCGUUUGUUGAAUUGGCCCAUGCUGCUGAUUUGAUUCAACGCCGGCAGCGUUCCGAGUUUCUUUCAAGUGUCAGGGGCACCCUUUACUCGGCUAUAAAGGGAAACCCAGAUCUUAUCCCAUCUUUGCUGACGUUGGCAUUAAAUGAUGCUAUGACUUAUGACAAGGCCUCAAAAUCUGGUGGCCCAAAUGGAUCCAUAAGGUUCAGCUCAGAGAUUAGCAGACCAGAGAAUAAGCGGCUUUCAGCUGCUAUGAACUUAUUGGAAGAAGCUAAGAAGGAAAUAGAUUCUUAUUCCAAGGGUGGACCCAUAUCCUACGCAGAUCUUAUACAGUAUGCAGCGCAGAGUGCAGCCAAGGCUACCUUUCUCGCUGCAGCCAUUCGCAAAUGUGGUGGGAAUGAAGAGAAAGGAAACUUGCUCUACACUGCCUAUGGUUCCAACGGACAGUGGGGCUUGUUUGACAAACAAUUUGGGAGGUCAGACACCGCGGAACCAGAUCCAGAAGGUAGGGUCCCCCAGUGGGAGAAGGCCAGUGUGAAGGAAAUGAAAGAUAAAUUCUCAGCCAUUGGGUUUGGUCCUCGGCAGCUAGCAGUGAUGUCUUUGUUUCUGGGUCCUGAUCAGAACGCAACAGAGACAUUAUUAGCCACCGAUCCAGAUGUGUCUCCAUGGGUUCAAAAAUACCAAAGAAGCCGAGAGACAGUGUCAGAGACAGAUUAUGAGGUCGAUUUGAUAACUACUCUGACGAAAUUAAGCAGCUUGGGGCAACAAAUCAAUUACGAAGCGUACACCUACCCGGUUCCAAGGGUUGAUUUGGGAAAGCUCAAAUUGUGAGGGAAAGAAGUCGUCGGAUAUAUUUGAUCUCCGCAAGCGCAACAGAGAGAGGGCAUACACAAAUUCUGGCCCAGUUUUCACAUCUCUCUUCAACAGCUUUCCCCAUGGCACAUAGAUUCACUGUGCCAUUCUAUCGUUCACCUGUAUUCGACAUAAACAUUGACGAGGGUAACUUAUGAGAUUAUCAUGUUUUACCA